GCGCUGCGCGCUGCGAGCCACAGUGGACGUCGUUUUCCUAGCUAGCUAGAUGUAGUGGUGGCCGUCAGACAGGUUUGUAGAUUGCUAGUACGCAAAUGUAGCAUUAAUGUGGUCGCACAGAAGGAAUAAUCUAAAUAUAUAAGUUUACACAGCUAGUUUAGUGUCAACUGGCUACUACUAAUGUUCAAAUUUAUUGCGAAGACUGAUGUGUCAAGACUGUGCUGCCUUGCCCUGUGUGAAUGCUCAGAAAGCGAGAGGAUUGGGAACUGAGUGAUUUCCGAGUUUUCGUCUCCAGUGGGUGGAGCCCCGAGGUCGUUGUGUUGCAACCCAACACUGCCAAGCAACGCGACAGGAGCAUUCUGGGAUAGGUGGAGCGGACAGGAGGUCCGCCCGAUCAGGCGUCUCGCUGGACUGGAUGAUGGAGCCAUGCACCUGAAGCCCCAUCCUCAUCUCCAGAAGAGUGAGCUGCGACUGGAGACCUGUCAGGACAUCCAGCGGACCGGUCUUCACCACCAGGGGGCGAUGAAGACUGAGUGGGGUCUCCUCCCGUCCUGCCCCCGCUCAGGCUCCACCAAUCCCAGCCUGGCCUCUGGGGGGCGCAGCCCUCUCACUUUCAUCUCCACCAAUCACAACGUCAGCAGCAAUGGUGGCCCCGCCUCCAGACUGAGCAGUAUCUGGGCCCGUAGGAGCAAGUCCUCCCCUUCCUCGACCUCCUCAUCCCAGAGCCCCGUCACCUUCACCUCCUCCCUGCUGCUGCUCACCUCUGGCCUGGACCACGAGGCCUCGUUCAGCCUGUACCAGGCCCAGUACCAGACCCAGGACGGGGAGGGGGAGGGGCCUCUGGACAUCUGGGCCGUCAUCAAGCCCGGCAACACCAAGGAGAAGAUCGCCAUCUUCGCCUCGCAGCAGUGUGGCGGCAGAGAUAGCGGAGGCGAGCGAGAUGGCAGUGAUGGCAGUGGGGGAGAGGAGGAGGGAGGGGGUAGUGGGGGGGAAGGGGGAGAGGUGGCACAAGAGGCGCCGGACUGUGGGUUGGGUCCCGGUGGGCUGGCGGUGCGGACUGUGUCCAUAAAGGUGAAGGGCUGCUGGGAAAGCGAGUGCUCGGUGGCCAAGCGGCGCCGGAGGUCCACUCACCACCAGGUCGUCCUCCGGGAGGGAGCCAGGCUGCUGGUUCCCCACACCCAGGGCUCCCGGGAGAGCAGCCCAGCCCGGGAGCCCCUCAGCCAGCCUCCUCUGUUGCCAGAGAGGGGGGUGUCUGUGGAGGAGCAGGACUGCCGGGUGAAGGAGGGAGAGACGGAGGAGGAGAGCGGGAAAACUCUGUCCGUGGUGGAGAUGGUGGCCUUUCUAGAGCAGAGAGCCAGCGACCAGCUUGUGGACCCUAAGCCCGUGUCUUUACGCAGCUCCACCACCAUCACCUUAUCCAAGGUCCCCCCCACCUCCCUGGCCUCCGAGCUGCUGCCCAGAGACAACCCAGACGAGGAGGGGGAGAGUGUGCGCGUGUCCGACAUGGUGGCCAAGCUGGAGUCUGAGUGCCUGAAGCGAAAGACCACGAGUGGGGACGUAGCGGGGGAGCUCUCCCGAAGCAACAGCCUGAGGAGGAGCGUAGGACGGGUGCUGCUAGCUGGGGCGGACGCAUGCUCGGCCUCUACCCAGCCUCCAACCCCUCCCACCCAGCCCCAGGAUCACACCGCCCCCAGCCCCCCAGAGAGCCCUGCGGGCCUCACGGUCAAACCCAGCAGCUGGUUUGAACCCCAGGUCUCUCUAGUCUCGGCCCUACCGUCUCCCAGUGUGGACCCAGCCUGUGGAGCCUCCAUCCAGGCCAGAAAACCUGAAGAUCCCAGCCUGGGGUCUGGAGGUCUGGAGGUCCUGACAGAGGGUGGGAGUGAUCAGUCUGUGUUACCCCAGGCCCAGGCAAGCACAGACCCCACCAGGCAGAGAGAAGACGAGCCCCUACCUGGCAUUCUGUUCUUCUCUAAGAAACCCUCGGCCCCUUCCUCUUACACACACUCCACCGAGCCCCACACGCUCACACUCCCGGACACAGUGACCAUCCUGAAGCGUGCCACAGACCCCGAGCACUCAGAGACUCUGACCUCCGCCCCUGCUUCCCUCCCUCUCCCCACGCCCCUCUCCACCUUUCACCAGGAGGAGGAGAAAGAGGAGGAGGGAGAGGGGGAGGAAGGCUCGGGAGAGGAAGGCUCGGGAGAGGAGGAGGGCAGUGCGGGUCGUGAGGCUGUGCCUUUCCCCCUGCGUCGCAUGGUGUCUCACGAGUUCCUGGAGGUGAGGUUUAAGAUCCAGCUGCUCCUGGAGCCGCAGCAGUACCUGGCCUUCCUGCCGCACCACGUCCUGCUCAAGAUCUUCUCCCUGCUUCCCACUCAGGCCCUGGCCGCCCUCAAGUGCUCCUGCCACUACUUCAAGUUCGUCAUCGAGAGCUACGGCGUGCGCCCCGCGGACUCUCGCUGGGUGUGCGACCCCCGCUACAAGGACGACCCCUGUAAGCAGUGCAAGAGGCGGUACGGCCGCGGGGACGUGUCCCUGUGCCGCUGGCACCAUAAGCCCUACUGCCAGGCCAUGCCCUACGGGCCGGGCUACUGGAUGUGUUGCCACGGCUCCCACAAAGACACGCCCGGGUGCAACGUGGGUCUCCAUGACAACCGUUGGGUGCCGGCCUUUCACAGUAUAAACAUGCCAAUCUAUAAGAGGGUCAGGGACUCUGAGGAAGAGGCCUAGGGGACGACUGGCUGACUGACCCUUCUGGGUGCUUUGUUUCUGCCUUGGAAGGCUUGAUCAAUAUGAGUGUGUUUGCCGGAGUGUGUGUGUGUAAGUGGAUGUGUGUGUUUGGGUGGCCCGUUAUAUAUUGCCAUAUAUGUGCAUGUGCAUUUACUAGUGGGAGUCUUGUCUUGAGUGCAACCAGGUUUCCUGUACUGAUACUGAUGAUGAGGAUGAUGAUGAGGAGGAAUCGCUGGAUCUGUUCUAAAUAUCCCUCGCCCCACCCCCUAACCUGACCCAGCCCUGCCCUGCUCUGCCCUUCCCCACAUCUCUAGCCCUCAGGUCCUCUGAGAUUGUCAGCACUUUAACCCAUUCAAGAAUCCUCCAGCCUCAGAAGAUUUCUGUCAGGGUAUUUUUAUUAUCUUGCUUCACGUUUUUAAUUUUUUUUUUAGGGGGAUUUAAUUCUGAUUGCUAAAGCUGUAUGGAGGAGUUGUAGGGAGGUUUCUCUUCCAGCUCCAGACGCUUGGGACCUCUGCCUCGUGAGGCAGUCAGUAUGGCUGCUGCACGGAGAGAUCAGAACCUCUGGAGGCAGGUCUGCCGGCUGUGUGCUGUCUACCCAGAGACCCAGGCACUAGUGUGAGUUACUGUGUGUCUGUGGUGCUGGGGAUGGCAGCGUCUGGUGCCCUGGUCCAGCCAUAAUGUCAAUCAGCUACCACACAUCCCACCUUCCUCUGUUGGGACACCUAGGUGAGGCUGAUGUAGGAUUGCUCGGUCCUGCUAACACCCAAAUCUCUUAAUGUUUUGAACAAACUGCAAAACAGACUGAAGGCCCAGGGAGGUUCUCCCCAUUAGUCUGCCAGCAAGAUGAUUCCGUAUCAGAACAUCAGUGUUGAUCAGUUUUGUGGUUGGCAUGGUGGGAUGGUAAGCUUUGGAGACACCCCAGUGGGUAACUAUACCCAUCUCUGUAUUUCGAGUGGAGGGGUCCGAGCAGGGGGGGUUAUGUGUUUUGAUGGGAGCCUCGGUUGGGACCCAGGUUGUGUUUACAUGUGUAAAUAAAGAGUCCUAUAUCUACAGCAGAGUGAGGAACCUCUCCACAGCAGUGAUCUGACUUGAAUGCAUUCAUCUUAUCAGUUGGUUUGAAAUAAAUACUUUUUUUUUUUUUCCUUCUCUCACCCUGUCAUGCAUAUAUUUAUGAAUCGGAUGGUUGUUUUGCUGUUAUGGGAUGGAAUUUUCUGUUGUUUAAACUCUGGUCUCUCUCUGCUGGGUGUCAUCUUGCUUUACUUUGAUGAUGAUAUCUCCUUGUGCUGUUUUCCUCCAAUGGAAAGGAUAGGCCUCGGCACCUGGUCUUUACAAUGACUUUAACUGGACAAUUUUUAGAACAAAAGAGAAUAAGGAGGACUGUAUAUGGGGGGGAAAACUGUUAUUUUUCCUAUUUUAAAGUUUGUUAUACAAUCCCUGCUGUCCGUAAUUUUACUCCAAUAAAGCGCAUUAUUUUAGGUUUUAUGUUCCUGUAAAACUGCUCUGCUGUUUAUUCUCUCAGUCUGAACUGUGGCGAGGUCUCUGUGCCUAAGACAACUUACGAAUACACCCCCUAACAAGUCUAUGCAUAGUUCCUGUCGUUGUAGUGGAAGUGAAAGCUGUUCAGACAUUCGAUGUGUCUACUGCAGUACAGGGUUCCCGCAGGGUCUUAAAAAGUUAAACAUUCUGAACUUUAAAUUUAAGGCCUUAAAACAUCUUAACUGCCAGAUGGACUUGGACUUAUAAAUGAAACUGAUAAAAGGUCAAUUUAAGACUUGGUUACGUCUUUCCUGGUGGGACAGCUGGGUACCUGGAAAGACAGUCGGCAGAGAGGAUCUGGGGAGUGCGCUGUGGCUACAGGGAUCUGGGCCCACGGAUGUGUUUGGCACUAUGCUCUGUGCUGGUUUUGAAACCAGGUUGUUGUGGUGUAGGCCUUUGUUCUCAACCCACUACACCACAGGGUCCCCCUUCAAUAUACUUGUAAAUAACAUUUAUAUUACUUAACUGAUAUCAGUUAAAUUAAUUAUCAAUUGGUUUGAGUGAGAUUUGAACCAGGGGUACCGUGUUUGGCAGUAGACUCGAUGGUACACAUGCUGAGCCACAGAGGUUUCCUGCAACGGUACCUUCUACAAGAUGGUGUAAUUGCCCUUAUGACACUACUAAAUGCCAAUGAACAACAAACGUUUUGUUUGCCAAGUUAUAAAACAGAAUACUGAUAUGACCUGAAACUGUUGUCUGUUUUACAGAUGAAUGCUAUGCCUACCACUGGACUUGCAUUUAUAGAGAUUCUCCAUCAAAAUUAUAUCUUGUCGCUACGAACAAGGACGAUGUAGCUCUAGAGCCCCUUUCCUGGCAGGAUUGGCAGGUAAAGUUAAGUGGCGUUUCACAACAUGGGAAAUCAUGGCUGCAAGCCUAAAUGCAAGAGAAAGGGAAGGUUUUUCCUUUCCAGAACGUGACUCAAUAAAGAACAUGGAAACGUU